AUGCUUUUCAUCGCAUGGUUAUCUUUCUACAUUGAUCGCACCGAUUACGGUACUAGACUAAUGCUUAUAUUAGCCUCUGUAGCGCUGCAAAUAGCCUUCUGUUCUUUAUUUAUUUAUCUCUCCGGAGUCUAUGUUGCCACAACAACGCCGGCUGAUGUUUGGUGCGCACUACUAGCUGUUCAUUCCGGUGCUGUAGUUAUGUUUGUAAGUUGGAUUAAUGAUAAGACCAGAAAGGAAAAAUUCGGAUCACUUCUUUCAUCUUCUCCAAUUGGAUUACACCAAUAAAA